UCUCUCUCUCUCUCUCAAAUCUGUUUUUAGACAUCAUGGGUGUCAUUUGUUAUGAUAUUGAGAUCACUUCCUCAAUCCCUCCUGCCAAGAUGUUCAAGGCCUUUGUUCUUGACGCUGACACUCUCAUCCCCAAGAUCUUGCCACAAGCUAUCAAGAGUGUCGAAAUCCUUGAAGGAGAUGGAGGACCGGGAACCAUCAAGCUCACCACUUUUGGCGAAGGAAGUCAAUACCAGAGCGUGAAGCAAAGGGUUGAUGGGAUCGACAAAGAGAACUUCACCUACGCAUACAGCAUAAUCGAAGGUGAUGCUUUGAUGGGCGUGGAAUCAAUCUCUUACGAGAUCAAAAUCGAAGCCUCUGCUGAUGGAGGAUCCAUUUGCAAGAACAGUAGCAAGUAUUACACCAAAGGCGAUGCCCAAAUCAACGAAGAACAAAUUAAAGGUGGCAAAGAAAAGGCCUCUGGAAUGUUCAAGGCUAUUGAGGCCUACCUCUUGGCAAAUCCUGAUGCCUAGAGUGUCUUCUAUAUAUUGAAAUAUAUAGUCCCAUGUGCGUGUUUCUGUAUUCUAUGUUAAAAUUGUGGUUUCCAUUUUUCUACUCCUGUCUAAAAUUUUCUUUUUCCUUGAUAAUAAGUAUGUUGUGGUUGUGAUCAAGUUUCUUGUAUUGCCAGAUUUGAUUGAAGAGUCCAUGUACUUGAUCUUUUACAAAGAGUUCCAA